AUGAAACUGUUGGUUAAUAAGAGGUUUUUCAUUGGUUUUUAUCUUUCUACAAUACUCUCUUUAAUAAUUAAUGUGUAUGGAUGUGAUCAGGUGAAGUGCGACUGUGUGGGUGGAAAGUGUGUAUCCUGUCGACCAGGAUAUUACUUCAAAAUAAUGAAUGAAUGUGAAUUGUGUGAUGCUGGGUUUAUCAAUCCUCAGCACACAACAAAUAUGGCAUGUCAAGCAUGUCCACCCGGAACGACUUCGGAUGAGUAUCGGGUACAGUGUAAUCCAUGCCCACAAGGUGAGUACAAUCCAUCUACAGGUUCUAUUUGUUUGAAGUGUGAAAAUGGCACUUUCACAAAUCAAAUAAAUUCAACAAAUUGUCAAAAGUGUUCUUCAUGUGUAUACUGUGAUCCUGCGACUGGAAAUUGCCUUCGUUGUUCCAAAGGAGAAGGUCUUUUAUUGGACAGAUGUAUUAUAUGUGAACCUGGCUAUUUUGGAAUUGGCGGAUACUUGUCGUGUACUAGAUGUCCAUUUGGAUAUAUUGCACCACUUAAAAAUUCGAGUUCAUGUAUACAUUGUGGACAAGGAAAAACAUCAAACGUGUAUAAUACCGAGUGUAUAAUUUGUCCUCCUGGAACAUCAAGUACAUCUUCACAACUCUCUUGUAAAAUGUGUGAAGAUGGUUUUUACUCUGAAGGGAACAAACCAUAUUGUACUCCAUGUGGAGAAGGUACUACAUCUUCGGAUGACCAUUCACUGUGUGUUAUUUGCCCAGCAGGAACAUACAAUUCACAAAAUGGUUCUACUUGUAAAGAAUGUCCAAAUAAUACAUACUCGGGUAUUGGAUGUACCAAGUGUAAAGCAUGCGAAAAUGGAUGUGAAAAAUGUAUGUCACAAUUUGGGUUUUGUGAAAUUUGCCAAAGUGGUUUUCGUCUUACAGAAAAAUACACAUGCGAGGGGUGUAAAUCCGGUACUUAUUCUUCAAGAGGAUCGACCACGUGUUCAAGUUGUUUAAAGGGGUAUUACUCAAAGGAGAAGUCCGAGAAAUGUGAAAUGUGUUCGGAAACCUGUUUGACAUGUUCCAAAACGAGUGGAAAUUGUCUUAAUUGUGAACCUGGCAAUUUUAUUAAUGGUAGUGUUUGUCGAACAUGCCCACCUGGUACAUUUUCGGAUGGAACAGAUUCAAAGUGUUUACCAUGUCCAAAAGGUACAUUUUCUUCAAAAGAAAAAUCUUCGAGUUGUAUUCAAUGUAGACUUGGAACAUUUUCUGAUCAGGCCGGAUCCUCAACAUGCAAAAAGUGUAUUGGAUGUCUUAAUUGUGAUAACCAAAAUGGAGAAUGUAAAAAUUGUGAAUAUGGGUUUUUUGUUCACAACAAUUGUUGUGAACAAUGUGUACCCGGGACAUAUUCAAUUACAAAUAGUUUGUUUUGUGCCGAAUGUCCUUCUGGUUCUUACCAGACAAGAGGUGGGUCAACUAUUUGUGAUUAUUGUCCAUUUCUGACAUAUUCCAAUCGUGGGUGGCCUCAUUGUAAAAAGUGUUCUCCAAAUUGUGCUUCGUGUGAUUCAAAAACUGGUAAGUGCCUUAGUUGUAGAAAAGGAAGAGGCAUGGUCAAUGGAAUUUGCGAAGAUUGUGUGAAAGGUCAAUACUCUAAAGGUGGAAUCACUUCAUGUCAAGGGUGCCCUUUAAAUACAUUUUCGAAUACAACUGGUUUGGAUAAAUGUUUUCCAUGUGAAAUCGGGUGUGAUGGUUGUAAUAGUUCUGAUGGAGCUUGUAUUUCUUGUAUUCCUGGAUAUGGGUUUUACAACCAUCAUUGUUACCGUUGUUUUUCUGGAACUUAUUCAAAAGGAAAAUUUUCUGAAUGUAUUUUUUGCAAUGCUUCUUGUAAAUUUUGCGAACUUACAACAGGAAAGUGUCGUGACCAUCCAGAAGGGAUGAAGGUGGACAAAUUUGGGAAGUUGGUAUACUGUUCUAUAAAGGGGGUCUGUUCUAAAUGUGACAACAACACAAGUGAAGAAGACAGAAAAUGUGUUCAAUGUCAACAAGGGUUUUAUUUAAAUAAUACAGACAACAAUUGUUACGUGUGUUACAAUUUGGACCAUAAUUGCGAAAAGUGUUCAACUUCAGAAAGAAAGUGUUAUACUUGUUCGGAUAAUUACAUUUCUGUUGGUUCCAAAUGUGAACUCUGUGGCGAUGGGUAUUUGAAAAUCCAUGAAGAAUGUGUUGAAUGCUUCACUUUGAAAGAUUUUUGUAAGAGAUGUGUUAAAGACAAUUCAACAAUUAAGUGUCUGGAAUGUUUUUCUCCAUACCAGUUGGUUAAUGGGUCUUGUGAAUUUUGUAAAAAUCAAUUACAUUUUGAUUUGAUUACAAAUCAAUGCAAAGAUAAUUUGAAGUGGUGUGUCGAACAAAACAAUAACACCUGUCUUGCUUGUGAGAUAAACAAAAAUUUGGUCAAAGGUAUUUGUCUUAAUUUAGAUAAUCAAUGUUUGACUUUUUCCCAAAAAUCGUGUGAUGUGUGUAACUCUUUUACAGUGAGCACUAAUGGAUCUUGUGUUAACACAAAAAAUAACUGUUCAAUAAGCAAAGAAGGUGAUAACUCAACUUGUCUGAAGUGUGAAGACAAUUAUUAUUUGUACAAGGGGCAAUGCUUGGCUAAAACGGACCAUUGUACAUUGUUCCAUGAUGGUUCAUGUUUUCAGUGUCAAAGUGGUUUUUAUGGUAAAUUAUGUAAUGCAUGUGGAGGGAAUAAAAAAUGUGUUGAAGUAAACAAUUCUUUGUAUGAUCUCACUUGUGACAAUGGACAAUAUUUGUGUGCUUCUUCCAAUUUAUGUAUUGAAGAAAAGGCGUGUGUAAAGGUGGAUGGCAAUUAUUGCUCAAAUUGUGACACAAAUUAUCAUUUAUCAUUCGGGAGAUGCAUCAAAAAUACCCAAUGCACAAUCGAAAACGUAGACAAAUGUAUUUAUUGUGAGAAUGGGAUUGUCUUUAACAAUGAAUGUGUUCCAAAGGAUAAAUUGAAUUGUCUCAAAGUCAGAUAUAACCAGUGCCAAAUGUGUAAGCCGGGCUUUGUUCUUAAAGAGUUUGGGUGUGCAAAUAUGUCAUCUAUAUUACAAGACCCCUAUUGUAAACACAUGAACAUUACACGUAACAGUUGUUUAAAUUGUGGUUCUCGUUAUUACCUGGAAAACGGGAAGUGUGUUCCAAUGAUGAAAACUGUUCCUAUCUACCCAUCCAAUUAUAAUCAAAAUUGUUUCGAAAGAUCAUCGAAUGGAUGUAUAAGAUGUCAAAGUGGUUAUUAUAUCAAAAAAGGAGUGUGUGUCCCAUGUACAAAUGGAUGUAUUUCAUGUUACAAUUCGACUUAUUGUACAAAAUGCGGCCCAUUUAGAUUUUUGGAAUAUGGGAUGUGUCACGAUUUGAACGAAAUGAUUGUUCGGUGCGAAGAACUGAUGCCAAAUUUGCGAGGGUGUUUGUGGUGUCGCAAUGGAUUUUUCAAGGCGAGUGAUGGCAAAAAUUGUGAGUUGUGUAUGCCAUUUUGUAAAACGUGUGUUGAAAGGGGAUCGUGUAUUACUUGCAACGAAAAAUACUUCCACUUGUCUCCACGCGAAAGUUGUGAGUCGUACGACAAUCUUUUAUAUUGUGUCAAUAAAACAGAAACUGGGUGUACAAAAUGUGAAAAUGGUUAUUAUAUAGAUAAUGGACUUUGUACACAAUGUACACUCAAUUGUCAAACUUGUGCAAAUCAAAUUGAUUGUGAAACUUGUCAAGACAAUUUUGUGUUAGUUUCAAAUCGGUGUGUUUAUUAUUUGGAUAUUCCCCACUGUGUCAAGUCGGGUCACUCAAUGUGUGUUAAGUGCGAGAGCGGGUACAAUGUCAACUUGGAUAAAAACGGAUGUAAAGUUGCACCCAAGACAACAACCAUCUUGGUGACUGUUAGUAUUGUUUUAUUGAUACUCUUUAUAAUAUGUUUAGUGAUUAUAGGGGUUGUUACGUUUAUUCACUUCUCUCGAAUUAAAAAAGAGGAAACUAAACGCAAUGAGAGUAUCACUGUGUUCAAAAUGGCAACAUCACAAAUCACAUUUUUUAACAUUGGAGACGAUAUUGUGUGCAACAAGAGAACAGUUUUCUUUGAAGGGUUGCUUCCCGUCGACGAAAUAUCUCGAGAACUUCUUUGUAUUGGGAACAUUGGUAAGAGUCGAUUAAAAGUACAGCUCACAACAAAACAAAACCAGCCCGGAUAUGCGACUGAAGUCACUCCCAAAAUUAUAUCCCUCAAGAGUGGAUUUGCUUGUGAGUUUGAAAUAACAGUCAAACCCCUCUACUCAACAAAAGUAACUGAUAUCUUAGAAGUCGUUGCAAUGCAUUUACAAAAGGGAACGACCAUCACCGCACCAAUUAAAAUAUGUUUUGAGACAGAGGCAACAUCACAUCUUGAUCCAAACGACCUCACCUAUGAAAAGAAAAUCGGCGAAGGUUCUUUUGGCAUAGUGUAUAAAGGGUUGUUCAAAGGAAACGUAGUAGCUAUCAAGAACAUGAAAGACGUUGGGUUCAUUGAUGCAUUAGAGGAGUUUAAAAAAGAGAUCUCCAUGUUCGACAAAUUUUGUUCUGAGAACAUUGUCCACUACUUUGGGAGUGUCAUAGUCACAAACAAGAUUUGUGUUGUCACAGAAUUCGCACAAUACGGCUCGCUUGGUGAUUUAAUAAGGAAAAAGGUUCCAAUUGACAUGAAAAUGCGGUUUAAACUGUUGUAUGAUGCUGCUAAAGGUAUUGAAUACCUCCACUCCAAUGACAUAUUACAUCGCGAUGUUAAACCAGACAACAUCCUCGUCUUUUCAUUAGAAAGAGACAUUCUUGUGAAUGCAAAAUUGACUGAUUUUGGGUCAUCGCGGAAUGUGAAUAGUUUGAUCACUAACAUCACAUUCACUCGAGGAAUAGGAACUCCAGCAUAUAUGCCACCAGAGAUUUUACUUCAGAGGAGAUACGAGAAAAUGGCGGACGUCUAUUCCUUUGGUAUAACAAUAUAUGAGUGUUACUACGGGCAUCUUGCUUACUCAAAAGAGAAAUACCCAUACGCUUGGAACAUAGCUCACGCUGUUGUAAAUGGGAAGCGGCCUCCUUUUGAAGAGAAUGAGAAUUGUGACGUCAUGAAUCUUAUAGAGAAUUGUUGGAUGGAUAAUCCACAAGACAGAUACCCAAUCGAAAUUAUCACAUCAGAGAUAUACACUUUGCUGUAUUAA